CCCAGAUGUUAAACCUCCCCCACCGACUGGAAAAAUCCGGGGGAAAGGAAAGAGGGAAAAUAAAAACCCUGGUUUAAACCAAAAGCAGCACCAGGAACCAAGCCAUUCAUUCCACUGCAAUCGUAAAAGAAUUCACUUCAGCAGUUCACAUUCUCGCAUUCAUCAACAAUCGUAUUAUCACACACAAUGGAUCUUCUUCACCAAUACUCCGACGACCAAAACGACGACGAACCAGACUCCCCGUCCCAAAACCCUAGCUCUCCGCCGCGCCUCCUCCCGGGCCGUACCGGGGCGCCCAAGGUGGACGACACCAUGCUGGCCCUCACCGUCUCCUCAUCCGCCUCGGCCCUCUCCAGGCCCAUCGACCCGACUCAGCACCUGGUGGGGUUCAACCCCUCCUACGACCAGCUCUGGGCCCCCAUCCAGGGCCCGGCCCACCCUUACGCGAAGGACGGCAUCGCUCAGGGCAUGCGCAACCACAAGCUCGGCUUCGUGGAGGACGCCUCCAUCGAGCCCUUUCUCUUCGACGAGCAGUACAACACCUUCCACAAGUUCGGCUACGCCGCCGACCCCUCCGCCAACAACUACGUCGGCGACCUCGACGCACUCCGCUCCAACAACGCCGUCUCCGUCUACAACAUCCCCCGCCACCAACAGAAGAAGCGGAAAACCGAGGCGAAGGACAAGAAAAUAUCCGACCAAAACGAUGAGGAAGACCGCGAGGAGGAGGAAGGAGAAGAAGAGAUCGAAAACCCGGCCUCCGAGGCGUGGCUGCUGAAGAACAAGAAGAGCCCCUGGGCGGGGAAGAAGGAAGGGUUGCAGGGAGAGUUGACGGAGGAACAGAAGAAGUACGCGGAGGAGUAUGCGAAGAAGAAAGGAGAAGAGAAGAGCGGGUUUGGAGGGGAAAAAGCUGAGGUUGUUAAAGAUAAGAGUACCUUUCAUGGGAAAGAGGAGAGGGAUUACCAGGGUAGGUCUUGGAUUGCGCCUCCUAAGGAUGCUAAGGCUAGUAAUGAUCAUUGCUAUAUUCCUAAGAGAUUGGUUCAUACUUGGAGUGGACACACCAAAGGGGUUUCUGCUAUUCGGUUUUUCCCUAAGUAUGGCCAUUUGAUUCUCUCUGCCAGCAUGGAUACCAAGAUUAAGAUUUGGGAUGUUUUCAACUCUGGCAAGUGUAUGAGGACUUACAUGGGACAUUCGAAAGCUGUUAGGGAUAUUUGUUUCAGCAAUGAUGGGACCAAGUUUUUGAGUGCUGGCUAUGACAAAAAUAUCAAGUAUUGGGAUACUGAGACGGGGCAGGUGAUAUCCACUUUCGCCACUGGGAAAAUUCCCUAUGUCGUGAAGCUUAAUCCGGAUGAGGACAAGCAGAAUGUUUUGUUGGCUGGAAUGAGUGAUAAGAAGAUUGUUCAGUGGGAUAUGAAUACCGGGCAGAUAACCCAGGAGUAUGAUCAGCAUCUGGGGGCUGUGAAUACCAUCACCUUUGUUGAUAACAACAGGAGAUUUGUUACUUCUAGUGAUGACAAGUCCCUCAGGGUCUGGGAAUUUGGUAUUCCUGUGGUGAUAAAGUAUAUUAGUGAGCCCCACAUGCACUCCAUGCCUUCCAUUUCGCUUCACCCGAAUGCUAAUUGGCUUGCCGCACAGAGCUUGGAUAACCAGAUACUUAUUUAUAGCACAAGGGAGAAGUUCCAACUUAACAAGAAGAAGAGGUUUGCAGGACAUAUUGUGGCGGGAUAUGCCUGUCAGGUCAAUUUUUCUCCGGAUGGGCGAUUUGUCAUGUCAGGGGAUGGUGAGGGGAAGUGUUGGUUCUGGGACUGGAAGAGCUGCAAGGUCUUCAGAACUCUCAAGUGUCAUGAAGGGGUUUGCAUUGGUAGUGAGUGGCAUCCCUUGGAACAGAGCAAGGUAGCAACGUGUGGCUGGGAUGGGAUGAUAAAGUACUGGGACUAGUUUCUCUUAAUGUGAAGCGGAAUAGUUUGACAGAAGCAGGACAGAGAAAGGCACUACAAGAUAACAAAAGGAGAACAAACAUAUUGAAUUCACAUGUUGAUAGGUCUUCCUUGGUUAAAAUUCCAAUGGCUUUAAUUGACUAUUAUCAUGGGAUUUCUCUGUCACUAAGGGUUACGUCCUAAUUGCAGUGUUUUGUAGUUGGAACAUAGAAAAGCUUUGUCAUUUUUAGGGGACUUUUGUAUAGUCAUAUAUUAAGUUAGAUAUUCAUCUGUAUGAAAAAUUCCCUCUCAUGGUGCAGGAUAAUUUAAUUACGUUUUAUUCUGGGAA